CUCCUCCAGCCCCUCACGUCGCGCUCCGUUUGGGCGGCUGCGGUGGGCUCGACUGUGAGGGGGCCGAGAAGAGGAAGGAGGGCCAACAUGUCGGCGGGGAACGGAGAGGGCUGGGACGGCAACCGGCAGCGGGGCGCCGGAGGCGGGAACGGGCCCGCGGCUCAAGCCCCGCGCGGGGGGCUCCUCAACCGUUUCGUCAGGCUCCCGCCGGGCCCGGGCCGAGGCGGCCACAGAGUCCCGCCAGCCAGAAGCGGCCACCGUUGUGUGGCAGACAAUGCCAACUUGUAUGUGUUCGGCGGAUACAAUCCUGACUAUGAUGAGUCCGGAGGGCCAGAGAAUGAAGACUACCCACUGUUCAGGGAGCUUUGGCGAUACAACUUUGCUACUGGCACCUGGCAUCAAAUGGGCACAGAGGGCUACAUGCCUCGAGAGUUAGCAUCUAUGUCACUUGUGUUGCAUGGGAAUAACCUCUUGGUCUUUGGCGGCACUGGGAUCCCUUUUGGCGAGAGCAAUGGCAAUGAUGUCCAUGUCUGCAACGUCAAGUACAAGCGCUGGGCCCUCUUCAACUGUCGAGGGAAGAAGCCCAACCGAAUCUAUGGACAGGCGAUGGCGAUCAUUAAUGGCUCCUUGUACGUAUUCGGAGGCACGACAGGAUACAUUUACAGCACAGACCUGCACAAGCUGGACCUGAACACCAGGGAGUGGACCCAGCUGAAGCCAAACAACAUGCACUGUGACAUGCCGGAGGAAAGAUACAGACAUGAAAUUGCACAUGACGGGCAGAGGAUUUACAUCUUAGGAGGAGGAACUUCUUGGACAGCCUAUUCCUUAGACAAGAUCCAUGCCUACAACCUUGAAACAAACACUUGGGAAGAAAUUGCAACAAAGCCUCAUAAGAAAAAAGGUUUUCGUUUCACAGAUUUCCCGGCGGCCAGGAGAUGUCACAGUUGUGUACAGAUAAAAAAUGAUGUCUUUGUCUGCGGAGGAUACAACGGAGAAGUGAUCCUGGGAGACAUCUGGAAACUGAGCUUGCAGACCUUCCAGUGGGUGAAACUCCCGGCCGUGAUGCCAGAGCCAGUUUAUUUCCACUGCGCUGCUGUGACUCCGGCCGGCUGCAUGUACGUCCAUGGAGGCGUGGUGGACAUCCAAAGGAACAAACGGACUGGCUCUCUCUUUAAGAUGUGGCUGGUAGUGCCCAGCCUCUUGGAACUGUCUUGGGAGAAGCUUCUGGGGUUUUUCCCCCACUUAGCAAACCUCACCAGAUCACAGCUUUUGCACCUUGGACUCACACAGGGACUCAUCGAGCGCUUGAAAUGAGAAGCACCUGCUCUUCAAACACUACUUUUAAAAAAGCGGCUCCUCUCGCCCCUCUCUUUUCUCUCCCCCCCCCCUCUUUCUCCCUCUCAUUUUCUCUAUUUAUGAGCACUGCAGAGGAAUGCUGCUAGGAGAUGGGACGCCCGACUCCGAAGCCUUACUCGGCAAAUAUACAUCAGAUGCCUUCCCCCCCCCUUGUGAAUUUUUAUUUUAAAGUUUAUGGAAGUCAAGCUUUUUUUGUUUUUAAUUUAUGGAUACCUAUAAAUACAUCAUGAACAAAAGAUGCUGUCGCUCAGCUGAUUUGUACUGCAUUUGCUGCAUGCUUUGUAGUCGCAGGAAGGCAAGGCGGACAGCGUGACUGAGUCUCUCCUAGUUACUGUUCUGUAAGAUGGCCGUAACCUGCAGCAGUUUCGAAAGGGAAAAAGGCUGGCUGCUCACUCGGGAACCCAUCGCAGUAGCUCUUGCCACAUCCCUUGCCUCUGUAAAAAAAGAAAAGGCCUAAAUGCGAGCUGGCUUUCUCUGGGCUGUCUUCUUACAGAUGCUAAAGUUUGGAAAAACUGGCGCGUUGGUGUUGUGACUUUUUGAAAUGUGUGUCAUUUAUUGCCUUUUCAUAUUGAACUGCCCAGUCCAAGACUGGUUUUCUUCCAUGUGGCUGGCUGGCUUCAGCACAAGAGUUUAUCGUGAAUGGUGGCAGGAAAGAGAUAAGAGCAUCGCCCAAGUACCAUUUCUGUUAUGCCUGACAAUGAAGGAGAUAAUGGAGAAAGAGAACUCUGAAUAAGUUGAUGCUAUUUUUUCUCUCUCCUGUUGCAAGUGUGUGUGUGUGUGUGUGUGUGUGUGUGUUUGUGUGCAUGAGAGAGAGCGUAAGGUGGAUUUGGAAAUUCAUGCUCCGUGCAAUAGCUGUUAUUAUCUGCUAGUUUUUCUUACGUAGAUAGGGGGCUGGCCUCUGCUGGCCUCCCCAGUUCCUGCUUCCACCCCCUGCGAAUUGGUUUGUUUUAAAACCCCAUUCUAUGGCCUGUCUUUUUCCUCCAAAACAAAACAAUCUUAUUAACUGGCCCUUCAUUUGCAGGAAAUGCCAUGUUGUCACUGCCGUCUUUCUUUUCUUCUUCUUUAGCAUAGGCAAAAUGCUUGACAUUUUGCUGUGGACAGUAUUUGCCUUUUGAAAAAUAAUGCUGGAAAAGGAAACCAUGUCUGUGUCUUAACUGUUCGUGUUCCAAAUGGCUGCGGAAAUGUCCUGUAGAAUGUAUACCAAAACAGCCGUCAAACCAAGCAUCAUACCUAGCCUGAGAAACUGGCUUUUUAAUUUUAAUUUCUGUUUUUUUUAAAAAAAAACUGUACAUGAAAUAUUGUUGGUAGUCCUUGUCAAGUUGUCUUUUUAAAAAUUCUGGUGGGAGUAUCACAGCUUUCUUUGGAAGUGGAUAGGAGCUCAAUGCUGUACGGUAUUCCCAUGUAACAUCAAACCAUGGUUGGAUGGUGCAGAACCAUGGCUCUCAUUCCCUGCUCCCCCUCAUCAUAAUCCAGGAUUUCCAAUUCUGAUUUAGCAGCAAGCUUUAAUUUUGUCUCAACAUUUGAGUAGCCGGGACCAUGGUUUGCUGUUCCCGCCAAACCAUGGUUUUCAGUUCUAGGUUAGCAAAUGCAAGCCAUUCUUGGCUGUUGGGACACUGAGGCAGACUGGCUUCCUGCUUGACCAGGAUUAUCAAGGCCUGGAUUGUGGAAUGCAAGGGGUCUAUGAGCUGGUGUGGAAGCUCCCCUUUCCUUGAGCGCAUGGCACCAAGCCAUGGUUUGUUAAGCAGGUGAGCUCAGUCCCUAUGCACAUGUCCCUCUGCCUUCCGGUCUUCUGUGUGUCUCUUGCAUAUCUGAAGUCAUUCACCCCUCCUGUGGCUUGUGUUGCCUCGUCUUGAAGCACAUCCGAGGCCUGGUUCAUGGAAGCAUCAGAAUCAUGCCUGUAUCAUGCGUUACUGAGAGGUGCGGGGCUCUGUUAUCUAUUUAUUAAAUUUAUAUCCUGUCCUCCCAUCAUAAGAUCUCAGAGUGGUUCAGAGAAUAAAAUACAGGGCAAAAGCAAGUAAAUAAUGAAAACAACAGCGUAAUAGCUGGAUAAUGGUUCCCAUAAUUCUUGAUCAUGCUGCCUAGGAUUUAUGAGAGAUACCGUGUUUCUCCAAAAAUAAGACACCGUAUUAUAUUUAUUUUUCCUCAAAAAAACACACAGUGGCUUAUUUUCAGGGGAUGUCUUGUUUUUUUAUUAAGUAUGGUACAGUUUAACCUACAAGGUUAAACUGUCUAUCACUAUGGCUUAUUUUGGGGGUAUGGCUUAUUUUUGGAGUAUGGCAUAUUUUCGGGGUAUGGCUUAUUUUUUUGGAGAAACACGGUAGAUUCCAACAAUGUCUGGAUAGCCGCUGGUUUUCCAAACCCUGCCUGACAUGUUUGAAUCAUGUGAUCAUGUUUGAAUCAUGUGAUCAAGGCAACUCUAGGCAAAUAGCACAUACCUUUGCCAUGCUGCUUCUUACAUGAAGGUUUGCGUUCUUCAUGCUGGAGUAUUCAAGUGUGGAACCCCUUCCUGCCUGAAGGGGCAGGGAGUUAUCCCAUGACUCUACUGCCUCUUAUCAACUGGCUGUGUUCCCAUGUCGUUUAGACAUGUAGGAUGCAAGCUCAGGUGAGAAGCAGCAUGGCUUUCAAUCUGUGCUUCCUCAGGUGCACAGAGAGAGAGAGAGAAAUCCGGGAUAGAGGAAGUCUAACCCACUGGCAGGGAACAUGUGCUUUUAUUUUAUUUUGCUGUCUUACCUUCCUGGCAGGGCCCACAGGUGGAAUUCUGAUGAAUAUAUGCUCUUGAAUACUGCAGACCCCCUAUUUUUCAAAAGCCAAGCCGUAGAUCCCCUACUUUUGAAAACAUUUGAUACCUCUGUGGCAGUUUUUGUCUUACAAACGCUGCCACCGUACCCUCCAACAUGUCCCUGCACAAAAAUGGGAUGCAUGUCUUCUGGGCUGCACUCCGACACAAGUCAUGUGACCUUUGUGGGAGCACAGCCCCCCAAAAUGUGAAGUAUGGGACAGCUGGUGAUAUGUGCCCCAGGCCUCCUGGGUGGGUUACGCAGACCCCCCAGGGGGUCUGCAGACCCCCGUCGGGAACCGCUAACAAGUAACGUAAGCCAGUCGUUAUUCGGGUCCAGAGAGGCGUGCCUGUCUCCCAUCAUUACUAACAGGAACACAUUCCUGUUUAGCCAAGCAAUUGGGUCACUGAAAAAUACAUUUCCUGGUAACCCUGAGAUUGUUGGAUGAGAUAAUGCUCUUUUAACAGCUUCUAGAAUGCUUUAAUCCAUUUCAAAAUGUUUUCGCUUUGUUUUCUGUUGUUAUAUUGCAUAUCCGUUUGCUACAUUGGGCUCCUUGGGGAGGAAAGAGGGAUAUAAGUAAAACAAAUACCGUAUUGGCCCGAACAUAAGCCGCACCCGCAAAUAAGCCGCACCCGCAAAUAAGCCGCACCCUUAAAAUUCGGAGGGGGGGGGGAAGAAAAAGACAAUUCCCGAAUAUAAGCCGCUCCCUUAAAAUUCUGCAGGCACACCCGUUCCAUUUUACCGUAUGUCCGUUUCAGCAGUGAUAUCAUAAAAGCCAAUUUUUUGUAAGGUCGUGAACUUAAGCCGCACUUCUGACUUUUCAUGGUUGGAAUUUGGGGGGGGGGAGUGCGGCUUAUAUUCGGGCCAAUACGGUAAAAAAAAACAAAAAACCUCCCAUAUGCAGUUAGGGCUGCGAAUGCCCGAAAUCCUGCAGCCAAUGUCAAGUCACGGCGGACGAGAUUGAUGAACAAAGCGGCUGCCCAGCGGUUGCUUCUGUAUUAAGUUUGGGAAACUGCACUAGACUUUCUGUGGUCAUUCACAAAACACUUCCCCCUCCAACCCCCCCCCCCAACUUUUUUCCUCUCAGAGGUCGGGUGGACCAGCCGAGGGAAAAAAAGGUAUUUCAUGACUACACACAAAAAAAAGGUAUUUCAUGAC